AUGUGGAAGCGAGCACUUGGUACGCCACCAUCUGCUGGUAACCAACCUGAUGGCCAAGUUAGACGACGCGGUCGUAAGAUAGCAUCAGGUCUACGCCCCACGGAGGACUGCUUGGAGCGAACCAUUAUUAUACAAAAGCAAUUGGCUUCGUCAGUGCUGGACAUGGACCAGGUGGAGGUGAACCAGGUGGAAGAUACACAGCCAGAUUGGCGAACCCCGAUAGUCCAGUACCUGAAGAAUCCGCACCCCAGCAUGGACAGGAGAACCAAGUACAGGGCGCUCAGGUACGUCUUGGUAGGAGAACUAUUCAAAAAGGGAAAGGACGACCUGUUGCUGAAGUGUGUCAGCCUCAACGAGUCAAUGGUGGUUAUGGCCGAGGUACAUGAGGGGAUCUGUGGAUCACAUCAGGCCAGUCCCCAAAUGCGAUGGCUGAUCAGAAGGCAUGGCUAUCAUUGGCCAACCAUCUUGGCAGACUGCAUAAAGUAUGCUAAAGGGUUCCAGGCUUGCCAACGGCAUGGCCCGGUACAACAUGCCCCAGCCAUGGGACUUAGUCCAAUAGUCAAACUGUGGCCAUUUAGGGGUUGGGCAAUGGACUUGAUGGGCAAGGUAACGCCCCCAGCCACGAGAGGGCAUUGCUUCAUAAUAGUAGCGACAGACUACUUUACCAAAUGGGCGGAGGCAGUCCCCAUGAAGUUAGUAUCUCAGACCGAGGUUAUCAGGUUCUUGAAGACCCAGAUAGUUCAUCGGUUUGGGCUGCCCGAGACCAUCACAUGCGAUAAUGGGUCCGUUUUCACUAGCGACCAGGUCCUUGAGUUUGCCACGGAUUACGGGAUCACCAUAACCCAUUCUACGCCCUACUAUGCCCAGGGAAAUGGUCAGGCAGAGGCAAGCAACAAGGUGUUGAAAAACUGCUUGGCAAAGGUAGUGGAUGAGGACCCAAGGAGAUGGGCUGAGUUGUUGUCCGAAGUCUUAUGGGCAUUCAGGACGUCACAAUGGACCAGUACGGGGACCACACCGUUCUCCCUUACCUAUGGGCAUGACCAAGUUCUCCCCAUGGAGAUAAGUGUUAGGUUUGCAAGGGUGGCAUAUCAACAGGGGAUGACUCCCGUUGCUUACAGUGAGGCCAUGUUAACCAAGCUGGAGGACCUGGACGAAGAACGAUUCAUGGCCUUAGACCGGAUUCUGGCCCAAAAGGCAAGGGUGGCAGUCCUUUAUAACCAAAGGGUGGUACCCAAAAGUUUUCAAGAGGGCGAGAUGGUCCUAAAGGCCAUCCUCCCAAUAGGGACUAAGGAUCCCGUUUACGGCAAAUGGUCCCCCACUUGGGAGGGCCCGUUCAUAGGUCAUCAAGUAUUGAAAGGGGGAGCCUACAGGCUGAAAGAAGUAGAAGGAGACAUUCACUUGAAGCCCAUCAAUGGCAAGUCUCUAAAAAUGUUCUACCCCACUAUGUGGGAUUUGGGGUAA